AUGCAACAAGAUAUAAAGCAGCAAAAACAAGACAUGCUAGAGAUGAAAGAAGAUAUUAAAAGUACUAUAAUUAACAGCCUCAGCGAGAAGUUCAAUAACUUAGAAUUGAAAUAUGAGCUUUUGGAGAAAAAAAUUAAAGAGCAAUCAAAUAAAAUUAACAACCUAGAAAGACAGUGUAGACGUAAAAAUCUGAUUCUUUUUGGCGUUGAAGAGACAGAAAAAUCGUACGACGAACUGGAAAAAAUGAAACAGUCAAGCAAAAGAAACCUAUCAGAGUCCCCGGAGAAGCUCCACCCUGUUAACCAAAAUGUUCAACAGACUAGUAAACCACCACUUAAGAAAAAUAAAGGGGACAUGAAGAACUACAUAACACAAAAGCACAAACUAAUCAUCGCUCAUACAGAAUCAACUCGACGCCAAUCGAAGAUAUCAGACUACAACACAGCAAAGCAAUCAAAAUCGGGCCCUCUUCCAACCCUUAAUCUCCCAGUACGGCCGGUCACCGCGGGAGAGUUCGACCAAAACCCCCCCAAGAACCACUAUCAAAAUGAAAAAUACCGUCUAGGAGAAAAGACAAUUGUAGCGUGUGCGGGUGGUAAUUGGCUAGACAGAGCUAUUGACAAAGAAGGGUAG